CAAGUAGAUGCAGAGUAUAAAUACAGGCCUGCAUUGGCGGUGUGCUCCGUCUCUAACUGAUUGUUGGCUGUAGCUUUUUUACUUCAGCGCACCUCGACGAACAUGCGUAUAACGGUGUUCUUCCUAGCUGCCUUAUCCGGCAUGCUGAUCGUCGUCCAAGCACAAAGUGGUGGAAUCAACUGGUCCGGAAUACUUCGCUGCCUUAGCAACGCUGGGGGAUACAGACCGAACAGGGACACCUUCUGCGCUGCGCGGCAAAUGCUCGCUGGCUACACGGAGAUGCGUAGAGCUAACUGCAGGAACUGCGACAAGUACUUCCACUGUCAGGCAAACUACAACGCCGUGUCCCGAUGUGGAAGGUCUAGGAGUGCGCGUGAAACUGCCCGGAAGAUAAGUGACUGCCGCGAAUAUUCCCAGGGUGGAGGCCCUGACAGCGUUGCAGACCAGGAAGCCAACCGCUUCGGAAGGAACCUCGGCAACUGUGGUGAUCGUUACCUCAGACGAGUCGGGUGCGCCUACAACCCUUCUACCAGAACUUGUAGAAGGUGAAUGUUGUGUUAAACCCGCCUUUUAUAUUACCAAUACCAUCCAGUAUACUUGGAAUUCUAGUAACUAAAGGAGCAGCACCCUCGUUCUGCACCCAUUAUGGGCGAGAGCUGCCAGGUUAGCUAUGUCUGCCAAUAAAGAUCAUUACAUUAUUUUCCCAAGAA